UUGUCUGGGCUGCUCAAUUUUGUGGAUGGUUUGUGGUCUACCAGUGGGGAGGAGAGGAUCAUCAUCUUCACCACCAACUACAAGGAGCGCCUCGACCCGGCACUCCUGCGGCCUGGCAGGAUGGACAUGCACAUCCACAUGGGGUACUGCACCACGGAGGCCUUCCGGAUCCUUGCCAACAACUACCAUUCCAUCGACUACCAUGCCGCCACCUAUCCAGAGAUCGAGGGGCUGAUCGAGGAGGUGUCGGUGACCCCCGCAGAGGUCGCGGAGGUUCUGAUGAGGAACGACGACACUGACGUUGCGCUCCAUGAUCUUGUCGAGCUCCUGAGGUUAAAGAAGAAAGACGCCACUGAGACCAAGAAAGAGAGCAUGCAGGCAGGAGAGAAGAAAGACACCAACGAAACAAAGACAGGGAGUAUGGGGGUGGACGGCAAGAAAGAUGGUGAUGAUGAAAUCAAGACUGAAAGUGUGGAGAUGGACGGCGGCUACCGGGGCGGCGGCGGCUUCGGCUACCGGGGCGGCGGCUCCCGGUCGCGACGGGGCUCUAGGGCCUAG